AGCUCUGCACCAGCCCCCGCGAGGCGGAGCCGCGGCGGAGGGAAAAGGGAGCGAGCGGCGGGAAUGUCACACUCCUGUGAAUUGUUAAACUUCGGCAACCAUACACCAUGUCUUCUGUUGAUUCCUCAAAAGAAGAUACGAUGUCACCAGAAAAAACGGAUGAGAAACAACCUGAAACUGAAAACAAAGCUGAGGAAAGUGAUGAAGAUGAAGAAGAGGAAGAAGAGGAGGAGGAAGAAGAAAAGGAGAAGAGUCUCAUCGUUGAAGGAAAAAGGGAGAAGAAGAAGGUUGACCGACUGACCAUGCAAGUGUCCUCAUUGCAGAAGGAACCUUUUACAAUUACACCAGGAAAAGGACAAAAACUGUGUGAAAUUGAAAGGAUACAGUUCUUUCUGAGCAAAAAGAAGACAGAUGAACUAAGGAACCUGCACAAACUCCUCUACAAUAGGCCAGGCACUGUUGCAUCCCUAAAGAAGAAUGUGGGUCAGUUCAGUGGGUUCCCGUUUGAAAAAGGAAGUGACCAAUACAAAAAGAAGGAAGAAAUGUUAAAAAAAUUUAGAAAUGCAAUGUUGAAAAGUAUCUGCGAAGUUCUUGACUUAGAAAGAUCAGGAGUUAAUAGUGAGCUCGUAACCAGAAUAUUAAACUUCCUAAUGCAUCCAAAAUCUUCAGGCAAGCCAUUGCCAAAGUCAAAAAAAACACCAAGCAAAGGUGGCAAAAAAGAGCGCAGUAGCUCUGGAACAACAAGAAAAGCAAAACGCACCAAGUGCCCUGAGAUCUUGUCAGAUGAAUCCAGUAGUGAAGAAGAUGAAAAGAAGGAAAAGGAUGACUCUUCAGAAGAAAAAGAAAGUGAAGAUGAGCCCCCUAGAAAAGCAUCUAAAAGAGAAAAAUCUAAAAAGGUGACUUCCAAAACCAAGAAAGCUGUGAAGAGUGCGAAUGUCAAGAAGGCAGACAGCAGCACCACUAAGAAAAAUCAGAACAGUUCUAGAAAAGAAAGCGAGUCUGAAGAUAGUUCAGAUGAUGAACCUUUAAUUAAAAAACUGAAGAAACCACCCACAGAUGAAGAAGUGAAGGAAACUGUCAAGAACUUGUUGGCCAAUGCAAACUUGGAGGAGGUCACAAUGAAACAAAUUUGCAAGGAGGUCUAUGAAAAAUAUCCUAGUUAUGAUUUAUCUGACAGAAAAGACUUCAUUAAAAAAACAGUCAAAGAGUUGAUCUCAUGAUCUGAUUUGACUGUGGGCAAUGAAGAUUCCUGGUUUAAUGUUCCCAUGGAUUUGAAGAUCUGAUAGGCACCAGCAAAAAGAAUGUGUCUUACCCUCACGGUAUUUAGUCAGAGCUAAUUCUGCUGAUCUAAUGUUAAGAGUGUUAAUGUAAAUUGCUUUGUGUAUCUUUUUUUUCUUUUUAAACAGAACUGCAUUUGAUGCAAUUUUUAGUUGAACAUACUUAAGUUUCAUGCAUGGCAGUAAAUGUUCCCUUUUUUAUAGUUUUGUACAUUUUGAAUUGCGUUGUAUAACUAGAUUCAUUAGAAGCCAUCAUAGCUUUUUAGCAUGGAUUACUAGCUUGCAGGAGACUUUAAAAUCAAGUAAGAUGAAAGCUGCUUAUCUACAUGUUUACAUGCAGAGACUGGAAUAUUGCAGUAUUGGUUGCAAAGAUAUUCUGAAUACAUAUUCAUUCUGAAAAUAACAAGAGUUAAUCACAUGUUAAUCUCUUAUAUUCUGAUACAUUCUACAGGUGCAGAAUUAUUCUGAAUAUAGAUUACAGUCUUGCAUGUGUAGGCAUUGAGAGAACUAUGAAAGCGUGGUAACUAAUUGGCAUAUAGAUGUUAUUUUUGUACUUUCAAAAGGCUUUUUGUUGUGUAUAUAAAGUUAUUUUAAGUUUCUUUGUGCAAAUCAAUUUUUUAAUCUUGUUGUCUUUGAGUUUGUGACAUGAAAUGUCAAUGUUCAGCAGUGAGGCGUUGAUGGAAAGUGGUAUGCAGAAGUUUCAUGACGUUACAAAUGAGCCGAGGUUUCACCAUGUUUGUCCCAUCUUACCUUGUACAGAAACUAAACUGUAAUUUUAUACCUGUAGUUUAACUUUGUACAAAGCCUACAGACAUUGUUUCAGUGUCUUGGAUGUAAUAAAUAAAAUCCCUCCAAAGCUGACAGGAAAAUUUCUAAAGUUCACUUCGCAAAAAAUCUUCUACAUUAGCAUCUUGACUUGGUACCCACUUCUGAGAUGCUGGGUCAUCCGAAAUGUUCAGCUGGGAGGCUUGACAGCUUUGGAAAUCCACAAUGGGGCUUCCGAAUCAGACAGCGCUGAUGUAUAUAUGCGUGGUUAACCUCUCCUCUGUAUGGGAAGGCUUUUCUGAACCUGAGCCUUGGUGCCUCAACAUGGACAAUGGUACUUUUAAGCCUGCAGUCUUGAACUUUGGCUGGCAGCUUUUAGGAUCGAAGUGAACUCAUUGCAUAAGUUUUUAUUGUUUAGGUUUUCUCUCCUCUACACCUUGUUGCUAAUAUGGGAAGUCCUACACUUAAAAUCAUGAAACUAAUAGUUGUCGAAAUGUGGGCUGCCAUUAACACCACGAGCACAGACUCCCUCUGACUAGUAUUGCUGGAAAGACAAAGUGUAUUUUUCUGAAUUUUGUUAUUGUACAGUUGAGAAAUAAGGGUUCAUAAAUGAUCUAAAUUCUGAAAUUGUUCAGCCAGUUAGACUGUUCAUCUUCACAGAGUUCUGAAUUUCUUUGUGUAAUCAUUUAUAAUAAGGCUGAAUGUAACGGGGAUUUUUUGUAUUCAAUAAAUGACUUUCACAAAAAUAUAAA